AUGGCCAUCCCAACCUCUUUUGCUGAGGCCUUUGAUAGUUUUCUACUUGGAUUUAAUGUCACAAAACCGCUUAUACCAACCUACGUCCAUCUCCUUAUCUCCGCUCUCUUCUGCAUUUACAUUGGCGCCCAUGCUUCGUUAUCAAGGCCAUCCUCUGCAGCCAAACCGGCCAAGAAGACAUGCAAGAGCGACAAAAGUGAAAAGGAAGAUGAUGAAGAUGAAGACUCCAAUGAGGAAGAAGGCAUGAUUCAAAAGAUGGAAGGCCUGGAGGCAUCAGAUGCGAUUAUGCUUCCUAUUCUGUCCGGCCUGACGCUUGGAGGUCUUUACCUCCUGCUUAAACACUUUGACCCAGCAGUUUUGAACAAGGUGCUGAACUGGUACUUCUCACAUGCUGGGUUGAUGUUUGCGACCGCAUUCGUGAAGGAUGGCUUUUCUGUUCUACGGUCCCUCGUGUUUCCUGAACACUACUCGUCUCACGGCAUGUUUUGGAGAGCAGAUCAGGAAAAGCAUGUAUUUGCAGAGGUUGCCGGAAGAGGGAAGUCGUCAGAGAAUCUUUCUACACGCACCUCUCCGCUGCCAGGGCUGCUUGGGGCCGUUGGUCUUCCGCGCUGCAUCCGUUCGCCGCUUUGGCAAGUCCGCGGGCUUCUCUAUCAAAAAGCUACGCUUCGCACGCAUAUCCGCUCUGUUCUUAGGUUCAGGGCUCGUUUCACCAUCCUUGAUAUGCUAAGCAUCAUUAUCGCGAUUAUCGUUGCUGGAUAUGCUGCCUUUGUGACGAGGCCAUGGUGGCUGAUCAAUUUCCUGGGAUUUGGCUUUUCGUAUGGUGCUCUCCAACUUCUGUCACCGACAACUUUCGCUACCGGAAGUUUAAUCCUGGGCUCGCUAUUCUUCUACGAUAUCUAUUUCGUGUUUUACACUCCCAUGAUGGUUACCGUUGCACAAAAACUGGACUUGCCGAUCAAGCUCCUGUUUCCCCGGCCGCCCACUUCAAAGGAGGACCCGAGCCUGACUGCUCUAGCGAUGCUUGGUUUGGGAGACAUCGUGGUCCCAGGGACGGUGAUUGGACUUGCGCUGCGUUUCGACCUCUAUCUGCAUUACCUUCGUAAGCUUUCCCCAAAAGGAAACGCUGAAAAAGGCGCAGAUGGUCGACGUAAGUAUACCAGCGCGACUGGUGGAUGGGGCGAACGGCUUUGGACAUGCGUAAAGCCGUCUCUGAAGUUGCCUGAGAAAGAAGCAUCCUAUCAUGAAGCAAAAUCAUUUAAGAAAACAUAUUUCAACGCCGGAAUGACUGGAUAUGUACUUGGGAUGUUGGCCACGCUGGUUGCAAUGCAGAUCUCAAAUCAUGCGCAGCCAGCAUUGCUAUACCUUGUUCCCGGAGUUUUGAGUUCGAUUUGGAUCACAGCGCUUGUAAAGGGAGAUAUAUCAGUUAUGUGGAAUUUUUCAGAUGGUGUGGACGACGAAGAGGAUGACGAAAGCGAGAAAGAUGGCAAAAAUAAGGAAGAUGAAAACGCGCAAGAUCAAAACGUUGGCUCGUUCAGGAAACUCUUCAACAAGAUCUUUGGAAAGGCCAAGGCAGAGCCAGUUACGAAUAAAUCGCGAAGAAACAGGACGGAAGGGAUCAAGCCCAAGGAAUGCAAAAAGAGCAAGGAGAAGGAAAACGGUUCAUCCAUAGAACUCGUCUCUUUCUCCAUAUCCUUGCCUCGAAAGAAGACGGGCCAAACGUCACUUCAUGCGCCUAAACUCGAAUCUGCUACGGACCCUGUAUCUCCGGCGUCUGGAUCGAGCACCUCUAGUUCGCCCGUUCUCGUUGAUAAAGUCGACGACGGCCCACCCAAAAAACGGAGGGCUUGA